AUGGACAUCAAAUUUUGCAAGACCAACCUCCUCAUUGAACACAAGGAGUUGAAUGGGAGACCCCCACUUCACACGUUAGUUGGGCAUGAGGAUGAUUUGCGAGAAGAGGAGCCUGAACUCGAUCGAGCUGAGGAUCGAGCUGAGGACCGAGCCCAAGUGAAUGAGGAUUUGGGUGAGCCUGAGUGCUACUAUUUUGAGGAGUAUGAAGCUCCAAGGAUGAACCCCUCUGUUGUGGCUGCUCACAAGAGGAUUGGACUUCUCCAAAAGUUCAACAAAUGGCAAGGGAAAGCCAUGAGAAAAUGCAAAAGUCCAUGGACAAGAUGGAGUAGAUCUCUCUCACCACUCCAAGGAGGCUCCUGCCCAAGAGCCUCACAGAGCCUCAUCAUUCGAGCCAAGGGAAGGAGAAACAACACGCAGAGGAGGAGGAAGAGUUCCAAGGCCGACGCUCCAACUCGACCACCGGACUCGAUCGAGUCCAAACAGAGGAAACUCAACUCGAUCGAGCUGAGGUCGAGUUGA